CACUGCUGAGGAGCAGGAGGAGGGAGGAGGAGGAGGCGGCGAGUUGCCGCUCCUCGCUCCUCCUCGCCCGCCCGCCUUGGCCACUGGGAGACGAAGCGAGCAAGGGACCGACCCACCGACUCCGCUCGCUCUCUCUCGACUCGGUGGCCUGUUGUUUCUCCACAUUUGGUCAACGUUUCAGCGGGGGCAUCGCCGGCACCGGCGCGUCCCAGGCAAACGAAGGGGGGCUGGUCUCCCUGCGGAACGCGCGCACCAUCGAGCUCCUAAGAGGUUGAACAGAACAAUUCAUAUCCAGGAGGUUGACCCAAAAAACAAGCCCCCAACCCCAUUGUUACCUCGGAGGCCUUCCACCGCACGCCAUGGCCGACGUGGAGCUGACGCUCACCGUGCUCGCCUACGCCAAGAUGCAGCUGCACGCCGCACGCUACCCGCACUGCCCCGUGAGCGGGGUGCUGCUGGCCGCGCGCCGCGCCGACGAACAUCGGACGGACGAGAAGAUGGACCGCGAGGAGCGGGACGAGGGCGACGUCGCGGCCGCCGAGCAGGGAGACCGGGAGGCCGCAGGCGGCGGCCACCGCCACCACAACGGAGGAGAGAACGGCCCCAGUCGGGCCGUGCUGCUGUGCGAUGCCGUGCCGCUCUUCCACGCCGCGCUCUCCCUGGCGCCCAUGAUGGAGGUGGCCCUCUCUCUGAUCGAUGCGUGGUGCAAAGAGCAGGGCCUGGCAAUCGCAGGAUACUACCAGGCCAACAUCAACGUCAACGACUCGAGGCCAAACGUGGUCGCUCACAAGGUAGCCGAUCGGAUCCUGGACAACUUCCGUGACGCCACUCUCGUCAUGCUGGACAACAAGCGCAUGAGUUUGGAGCACCAGGAGCCGGCCAUCUGCGUGUACGAGAGCCAGGGCAGCGCACAGUGGCGAAGGAAGGACCUCAACCAGGUCCUCCUGGAGCGAGAGGCUCUCCCCAUCACGGGAUCGCUGCUGGGCUCGGGCGAGCACAGCCGACUGGUGGACUUCGACGCGCACCUAGCGGACAUCCGGCAAGACUGGAGAAACCCGGAGGUGGCUCGCUCCAUACAGCUGCUCUGCUGAGUCCCGGGAUGAUGAAAGGCCUCCUCACAAACUGCCCCCCACCCCUCCCCUACUACAGAGAAAAAAAUCAGACCGGGUUGGCUGCCCAAGCUCCACCCGUGAACACUCUGGAACACCCGCGGACACCCGGGGACACUGUUUACAGCGCUUCAUUAUUAUCAAGGCAGGCAUUGGAGUGGUGUCCAUGAGUCCGGCGACCAAGGGAAAGACCUAAAGCCUCGCCUCUUCUAUAUUGCCGAUUCUCUUCCUCUUGUCCCUCCACACCUUCCGUCCCUCCCCUACCCAUUCGUGAUCCCUAAGUACCCUCUGCUGCAGUCACUCCUUCGUUGACCCUUGCACGCCCCUGCCAUCUAGAUCAUUCUAUUUUGUCACCGUUUUUUAAACGAUGUUAAGUCGCCUUGAGUGAAGGCGCUCUAUAUAAAUAUGAGAAGAUCAGUUGGUGGGAGACUGUUGAAGGCACGUCUUGGAGGUCGCGUCUCUACUGCACAGCAGCAGCUGCGGGAAUCUGGCAGGGGGUGGAAAAUGUUGGCGAUGAGGUGCGGUGGCAUUGACGGUUUCUCUAUUGAUCUUGAAUAUCUCCCUGAAUAGUUUCUGGACCUCUCGUAGACUGGAGGAGGUUGGCGCGUGACUGGCAGUAAGCCACAGCCAUUGAGAGCGGUAAACAGGAUGGAUAAGGUGUGUGCCGGUGUGCAGAAAUAUUUUCCGGAUCGCUCAAACGGACGCAGACCUGGCCAAAGUAUAAGCUCUGAACUAUUUAUUUUAGCAAAGGUAGCCUAAGUUAUUGUUGUGUAGUGGAUGAAAAAUUUACAAGUGAAGGUUUCGGAUUUGGUUAUCUCCAUCCCGAAUGUAUACGCUCGGUUUGUUGUGCGUUCACGUGGCACCCCACAAAAAAACGCCUCUCGUCACUUAUGUAAUAUGUGUAGACGUAUAUAUACACACACUCGCACAAGCAUAUACACACGGUGUUAUAAAUACGGUGCUAUGUGUUUAUCUUGCCACUGCGAAGAUGCCUGCUUGUAACCACGCAUAAGCUUUACCUUAUUUUACGAACUAAGUUAUUCAUGUACGGUGGAAACUCAAUAAAGAGUGUGUGCCUGGGCUGGGCCAUGUUCUCCAGGAAGUCAA